CACAAUGCGCCGCCUAUUUUGAUUAAUGCACAGCUGAAUUUUAGCUCGUGUUCACUCUUAGCAGUGCAAUAUGGUUCAUAUUGGGUCACAACACGCUACACAAGUCGCAUAAUAUUAAAUAAUACUAGUAUUAUAUACUAGUUAGUAUUAUGUCGACUGGCAUUUACAGAUGAGACUGGCAAAAUCACCGCUAGGUAGCUGCUGUCUCGUUCAUUAGCUGAAAAAUCAGCUAGCCGUUCAGAAACCAUGCCGCAGAUUUCAGUCAACUACAUUUUGUUAUGCGGACAGUUCUUAUUGCUCUUUACAGUGCUACUUUUACAGUGUCUGGACGGGAUUCACUCGGAAAACUCAACCGACCCACCCGGAAACGGAGUAACGACUAGCAAAACAGUUCUGUUCAGCGAACAACCGGGAGAAACACUUGUGACGGAGAGUGUUAUACCUACUGAAACAUCAAAUCACACGGAGCAGUACGAGUACAACCCUCCAUCACCUGUCGUUCUCUGUCGAUACCUACCAGAGGAAUUCAUAUUCUGCCAAGAUCCAGUCGAUCACGGAGGAAAUGUCUCUGCCUUUCAGGAGAUGGGCUAUGGAUGUGUAAAGUUUGGCGGUCAAGUGUACAAAGAUGUGAACCAUACCCAGGUGUUAUGCUCGGCACUGGAUGGCAUAGAGUGUGCUGGACCAAGGGAGUUUCUCAGAGGCAAUGAGCCAUGCAUCAAAUACACAGGACACUACUUCAUCACCACCCUACUGUACUCAUUUUUCCUGGGAUGUUUUGGUGUCGAUCGGUUCUGUCUCGGGCACACUGGGACUGCGGUGGGAAAGCUGCUUACCCUGGGUGGCCUUGGCAUCUGGUGGUUUGUAGACCUCAUUCUCCUGAUAACAGGGGGACUGACUCCCAGCGACAGCAGCAACUGGUGCACUUUCUACUGAUGUAAAGUAACUGCAGCCUUUCACUUUUCUUGUACUCGCAAGUUAUAUCACAUACACUGAUUGCAUUUGGGCUUACAUGGGCCUUAAUUUGCCAUUAUUAUUUCUAAAAUACUGUUUCUCUUAUUUCUUUUGUAAAGUGUUUAUGUAAAGCAGUGAUGUAAAUAAAUGCCAUCUUCCAAGAGUAAAACUCUUACAUUAUAUCUAGUUUAUUUAUCAAUAUGUAUGAUAAUCCAUGGUUAUUAAACAAACAACAAAGUUGUCUCGGAAGUUAGUUUGGCAUUUUCAUCACACACUACACUUCCCUGCCUUUGUUUCUUUUUUGCUGUACGAUCUGUCUCAACAAAUGAUGUUUAAAAUCACCAAGUUUAUUGCUGACUGUGACAAAACAGCAGCAGAAAUGUUACAGACCUUAUUUUAGACCCACCGAAUACCUACAAAGAGCUGUCUACGGACAGAUGUUAUGAAACAGCUUGCAAUUAAAAAAAACUUACAACAAUAGACUAUUAAACACGCGUCCCUUGGCAGACGUCCCAUGGUUUUUAUCACACACUUUUCAAAAAACUAUUGGGUGAAAAACUUUCCUUUUCAUUAAUUUCCUCUUUCAUGUUUUGCAGUUUGCGUGUUCCUUGUUCAUUAUGCAUGAGAUUUAUUUCCUGCUGAACAGUCGGGGCACUUUGAGAUAUGAUGCAUGCAAUUAAACUGUAUUCGCACAUUUUUUGUUAAAAUUAUAAGGAUAAAAAGACUUGUUUGACUGGU